UAGCCGGUUUUGCUUCCGUUACUCCCGUCCAGAUUCGAUCGCACGCAGUCGAAAGGGCAGCAGGGGUCGACGGCUGCUGAGUGCCUGGUCGACGGCGGCAGAGCCACAGAGGCAUCAAGUAGGUAGGGCGACGCCGUGUACGCGACUACGCGGCCGCCGACCGGCCACGCCCCAGCGCACAUCAUCCCUUCCCUUGGCAUGAUAAGUUCUUCUCAGGCCCUGGUUCUUGUAGACAAAGCGUUCAAACCCUACUUUAUUUUGCUAGUGUAGGCAGUAGGCAGUAGGCUACUUUGUUGUUAAACGAAAAAUUCAAAAUCUUACAUCUGGUUGAAUUCCUUUUUUAUUUCUUAUAGCUAUAAUUCCCAGAGUUUGAGUUGAUUCAGAUUACGUUUAUCUUAUUAAACAGAAAGAAUCAUGCAUCCGGGAAGGAGGCAUGAUUCUGGUGCUUCAAAACAAGGAAGAAACAAAAACUAGAAGAAGAUGCUCGAACACAAAAUGGCGCUCUCGAUAAAGACUGAAUGGAUUGGCAACAAUAGCACUUGAAAUUGAUGUCUUGGAGAAGAUUAAUUAUGAAGAUUUGAUCGAAGAUUUCAUAUCAAGAAAUACUAGAAGAAUGCCGCUUUUCGGUAGAAAAUGAGCUGCUUACCGACGUCCGGCGCCGCCUUCCACCUGGGCCGACGCCGCUUCCGGUCAUCGGCAAUCUCCUCGACGUCGUAGGCAAGCUCCCGCACCGCUCCCUCGCGCAGCUCGCCGAACGGUACGGCCCGCUGAUGACCCUCCGGCUGGGCACGGUGGUCGUCAUCGUCGCCUCCUCCGCCGCCACGGCCCGGGAAGUCCUCCAGACGCACAACACCGUGCUGACCGGCCGCAACCCGCCGGACGCGUGGAACGGCAUGGGCCACGCCGCCAACUCCGUGUUCGUCCUGCCGCCGCGCCGCAGGUGGCGCGCUCUGCGCAGGAUCGGCGCCGAGCACCUGCUGUCGCCCCGGCGGCUGGACGGGGACGCGCUGCGGCCGCUGCUGCGGGACGCCGUCCUCGGCAUGCUCGGUCGCGUGUCGGAGCUGGCCGCGUCCGGCGCGCCCGUGGAGGUCGGCCACGCGGCCUUCGCGUCCAUGAUGGACCUCCAGUGGCGCGCCAUGUUCUCCGCCGGCCUCGACGAGGCCACGUCCGGCGAGCUGCACGGUUUCGCGCGGGAGGCCGUGGCGCACUCCCUCAGGCCCAACGUCUCGGACUUCUUCCCGGCGCUCGCGGCCGCCGACCUCCAGCGCGUGCGGCGCGGCUUCGCCACACACGUGGCAAGGGUUUACCAGCUCAUCGACCAACAGAUCGAGAAGCGGAGGAACGCCCGGCAAGUCGGCGACGGCGAUGCGCGCACGGACGACCUGCUGGACGUGAUGCUGGACAUGUCGGAGGAGCAAGGAGGCAAGGACGUAGACGACGGCUUGGUUAACCAGGAUUUCAUGAGGGCCUUCUUCACGGACAUAUUUCUUGCGGCGAAUGACACUGUCUCGGGUACAAUUGAGUGGGCAAUGGCAGAGCUACUACAGGACCCACAGUCCAUGACAAAACUACAACAAGAGCUCAAAAGUGUCGUUGGAUCAAAGACGCACGUCGAAUACUCUGACAUCGACCAGCUCCCCUACCUCCAAGCAGUCGUCAAGGAGACGCUUCGUCUACACGCGGUGGUGCCGCUGGUGCCCAACAAGGCCGAGGCCACGGUGAAGAUACAGGGCCACACCGUCCCCAAGGGGAGCACCGUGCUGGUAAACGUGUGGGCGGUCCACCACGACGCCGAGGCGUGGCCGGAGCCGAACAAGUUCAUCCCGGAGAGGUUCCUGCAGCACGAGCAGGAGGUGAGUUUCCAGGGCGCGGCGGACUUCAGGUUCGUCCCGUUCAGCGCCGGGAGGCGCACCUGCCUCGGCCUGCCGAUGGCGACCAGGAUGAUCCACGCCAUGCUCGGCUCGCUGUUGCACUGCUUUGAGUGGACGCUGCCACGCGAGGUGGAGGAAAGUGGUGUGGAUAUGUCGGAGAGGGUUGGGAUCACGAUGGCCAUGGCUACUCCCCUCCAGGCUAUAGCCUGCAGGAGAAUCUGAGGGCUACUUGGCUUUGGGUGUAAUUUGUUGUUUCUUCCGUGGAAUAUAUGUAUGCAUGUCUGGUGUGCAUAUAAACGAAUAAAUGUAGUGGGAAAUAGAUAGUAUAUAAUGUUAUCUACCUCGAUGGAAAUUAGAUGCUUUCUUAAAUUUCGGGGGUGUAAAAAAAAUUUACUGUUCGUGUAUUGUUCUGCCCGAGUUGUCUUUUUUUCUGAGAGCUACUCAUAUGUCCAAAUGAUCUGAAAUUUGAAGCGCA